UCUUACUURUUUAGGCAAUUCAGGGCGUCAACUGGAUUACAGCAUCUGUUACCAGUUCGGACACUGGGCCAGGGAUUGCAGAGUUCCAUACGCCAGUAUUUACAGCGCUUCAGACAAGUUUAGAUACCCUUCAAGGGACGCGACCGAGGAACAAGCGCAGCCAAGUAAUGAGCCUAACUUCGUUGAUGUUCUAACUCAGUCGAUUAAAAGCAGCCCCUGUUGGGACGCCGUUGACGAGCACCUUCGGCAGAAUGUUCCCGAACUCGUAGAAGCGCUGAUGGGGUCACGUGCUCGUUCUACUGCUAAAUGCUAUCUGAGAGAAAUCAGGAAGUCCUUUAGAUGGUGUCAAAUCAGAAAAGURCCUACUGUGAUACCGUUUUGCACGAGUAUUUUAACUAUGUAUCUAUUUGAGCUCUCCACAGAUAGAAGAUCUGGGAACACGAUUAGCCGAUGUCACGCUGCACUCAAAUGGCUUCACUGUUUCUGUCCUCUAGCAACGAUGAAUCCCUUGGAUAAUGGAAUAUGUAGAAACUUGGUGGAAUCUGCGAGGCGCGCCAAGAAAGCCCCAGUCAAGAAGAAAGAACAUUUAAGCUCAGCAAUAAUAAGAGAAACAAUUGACAUGUAUGGUAGCACUGAUGCUAAUGAUUACGUUUAGCAACGUUAUGUUGUAUAGGUUACGCUUGUUUCCUUCGUUACGAUGAGUUAAGCAAUAUUAGUCCUAUAGAUGUAAUUUUUGAUGAUAAAUGUCUAAAAAUAACAGUCAGUAAAAGUAAAACUGACGUUUAUCGUAAGGGAAAUACUGUAUUUAUCGCUCGGUCGCCCUCUAGGUAUUGUCCGGUUAAAUUAUUAGAGAGGUAUAUGGAAUCAGGUGAAAUUCCCUUAUCAAGCAAGUUAGCUCUUUUUCGUGGUUUAACCAAAUCGGAAACAGGUUUUAAGUUAAAAAGCAAGGCGUUAUCAUGUACUAGAUGUCGGGAGAUUUUCAAAGAUUGUUUGGUUUCACUAGGCCAUGAUCCUAGGAUAUACGGCCUCCACAGUUUAAGGUCCGGUGGGAUAACAACCGUAGUAGCUAACGAUAGCAGCAUUUCAGAUCGUCUUUUAAAGUUAAAUGGUCGGUGGAAAACCGAUGUUGCUAAGGAUAUGUAUGUCCUCGAAACACUCUUGAAAAUAGGCUUAAAGUAACAGAGGCAUUAGACUUAUAAAUUAGGUUCAAUAAUUGUGUUAUAUUAAUACUAUAUUACGUACGUUAUGUUAAAGUAGUAUUCAAUAAAGCGAGUGUCUGGUUCCGUAGCGAACCAACCAUUUA